AUGGGAUCAGAGGACUCCAGCCCAAUCCUUAGGAAAGCCUCGCCAGCUUACACCAGAACCGGGGCAGUAAUCGUCCAAGUGAUAGUGACAUUCACAAUAGCUCUCACAUUGGGUCUGAUCAUCGGCCAGAGACUGUCGGUCAACAAGUGGGAUGGACUUAUACGUGAGAAGCCCACUCUCCCUCCGCAGCUCAAGCAUAUAUUGAGACCAUCUCGUCUUGUCAUCGGACGGGGUUUCAUCCACCAUCCUGAAAUCGCACCGUUCAUCUCCAACAUCGCUGUCUUUCACCAAUUGCAUUGCUUGCACGCUAUUCUAGUCGCCUACUAUGCCGCCGUUGAGGAGUCCGAUGUAGCGAAGGGGGCGCAGCGCCUGGACGAGUACCUCCAACAGACGGGAACGAGAAUGGCCCCGUCACAUAUCCGGCAUUGCUUCGAUUACCUGCGACAAACGUUGAUGUGUGCGGUGGAUACGAAUCUAGAGGUGCUUGACCCUGAAACGCAUACAACGAGUGGAUGGGGGCAGAGCCGGCAGUGUCGAGACUAUGAGGAGGUCGUAAAGUGGGCGGAGAAGUGGGCGAACUCGACGGAUACGGGGAUUGUUACCUGA